UAUAUAAACAAACAGAUAACUGAGUCAACUAGAACAAAAAUAACUAAACAAUUUUAGAAAUAAGCAUUUGGUAUAUAUUCUGAUAAUAUGAGUGUAGUUUUAAUCAAUUGAAUGGCUGUUCUACCAUUCUUGAAAGUAACGGAAGAACCAUUAAAAGCUUUACGCGAAGGAUGCUGUAGUACGAAGAGCAACUAUAGAAAAUAUCUAUACAUCACUAAAAGAAAAUAUACAAUAUUUUAGUCUUAACUCAAUUUUUCAGUGAGGAGCAUUAUCGCCGGUAGCCAGAGCUUGUCUAUAGUUACAUAAAUUUCCAUAUAUACGCUCCCUAAUUUCAAUGUAUAUGCUGCGAGACAGUUGAUGAGCGAUCAGCAGCUGUAGCGGGCAAUUGAGAGCAUUUUACAUUUGUUUGCAAAUUAACCGUGUGGCAUUAAUAUUGAAAAUAAUAGCAAAUGAAGUUUACAAAGUGAAUAUAUAAACCAAAGAGAAUAUUUCUUAAUAACAGCACCUUGAAAGUACCAUAUUGCCAAUAUAAAUAUUUCAAGUAUUUGAAUUUUAAAGUGGUGGCGAAGUCAAAUUCCUUUUACUCAAAUAGGCUUAGUGUAUUUAAAUCUACAGAGAAAAACAGUCGCACACACAAGUGGCAAAGACCUUGGUCUACAAGAACGUUUAAAGUGAAAUUCAUAUAGAAAAAUGUCGCACCUAGGAAUUUUCUUUUUGUUGCUAGCCUUUGUGCUAGUUGUUAACUCUAUACCUGCGUAUGCAGGGGUCGCACACGCUCAUAAACACGAAAAACAUAACAGUAAAGAACGGCUUAAGGAUGGAAUAUAUGCUGGACGUGAUGCACAUCAUCAUGAAGACGGUGACCAUAAUGUGGAAUUUGAUCAUGAAGCAAUAAUAGGCAGCCUCAAAGAAGCAAAGGAAUUCGACAAACUUACACCUGAGGAAUCUAAAAAGCGAUUGCUUGUACUUAUAAAGUUAAUGGAUUUAAAUAAGGAUGGCUUUGUUGAGCGUCAUGAGCUAAAAGCUUGGAUUUUAAGGUCUUUUAAAAAACUUGGUGAAGAGGAAGCAGCAGAUCGUUUGGAAGAAAUCGAUGCGGAUGGUGAUGGAAAAGUCACAUGGAAGGAAUAUCUUAAGGAUACUUUCGAAAUGGAAAAUGAAGACGAAAAAAAGGAAUUAAUUGAUUUCGAUAGCUACGAUGAAGAGAAAGAAAUGAUUAAAUCAGAUAAGGAGCUAUUCAAUGCAGCAGAUUUGAAUAAAGAUGGCGCAUUGGAUUCAAAAGAAUAUGUGCUUUUUUAUUCACCAGAAGAACAUCCAGAAAUGUUACCAAUCGUAUUGGAACACACGCUACGCGAGAAAGAUACCAACCAUAAUGGUGAAAUAGAUUAUGCGGAAUAUAUUGGCAGUGCAGGUCAAGAUCGUAGCCGCGAAUGGUUAGUUGAAGAAAAGGAUCGUUUCGAUCACUUGGAUGAGAAUGAGGAUGGUCUACUAACCGGUAAUGAAGUACUCAACUGGGUGGUGCCGAAUAGCGAGGCUAUAGCUACAGAUGAGGUCGAUCAUUUAUUUGUAUCGACAGAUGAAGAUCAUGAUGAUCGCUUAAGCUAUUUGGAAAUACUAAACAAUUACGACACAUUCGUUGGCAGUGAAGCUACGGAUUAUGGCGAUCAUUUACAGAAUAUAAAUCAUUUCCUUGACGAGCUAUAAGCGGACAAAUUAAACAGCGGGUUUAAUAAAAUUUCCGUUUAAUGCCAUAUUUUUUGCGACACCAAACGCUUGCCCAAACGUACAAUAGCAAAUUGUGUUUUAGAUUUUCGUUUAGAAAAGUAUAUACAUAAUUAUUAUUAAUUAUUUAGUGUAGUUUUAUCAUUUCUUAAUAUUCCUCCGCCUACUUGUAUGUAAAAUAGAAUUUUCUAAGUAUUUAUUGUACAGUAAUAAGAAUCAAUAAAUUCACCACCACCACUAUA